GGGUUAUUUUUUUUUUCCUUUAAUAAAUCUGAGCUCGGGGGCGGAUAUUUCAGUUUUGAAUUUGGAAUUUAGGUUCUUUCUUUAUUGGGUUGGAGAAGUAUAAGGAUCUGUAUAAUUUAGGGAUAAACUGAUGAAAAAACAGUGUAAUUCAAUUUCUUUUCUUUUUUUUUUUUCUUUUUGCUUCUUGAAAGAUUUUAGUUUGGAGAUUUAAUUUGUGUUUGAGGGAAUUCUUUAUUUGAUUUUGAUUUAUUUAAAUGGAGCAAAGAGAUGGAGACAAUUUUCCUCCAAAUAAGCAAGCUUCUUCCACGGCACCGGCGGAAUUCCCGGCGAGGAAGCUUGUGAGGCAGCUGGAUUUUACUGGUUCAGGCGCCGCCACAUCAAGUGAGCAAUUUAUGAAGCAACAGUUAGGAAAGCUGUCCCAGACGCAAAACCCACCACAACUUCAGCCACCACAAAUGCUUUUUAUGGCGAUGCAACAGCCGCCACAACCAGCUGUGCUAUCCCCUCAUUCUUCCGUACGCUCUCUUGUGAAACCUGAAUCCCCAAGAACUCGGCCUAGACAAAAUGUGAAUGAAAUCAAAGAUGGUACACCAAAGAAGCAAAAGCAGUGCAACUGCAAGCAUUCGCGUUGUCUGAAGCUGUAUUGUGAAUGUUUUGCAUCUGGAAUCUAUUGCGAUGGUUGCAACUGUGUGAACUGUCAUAAUAAUGUCGAAAAUGAAGCUGCGAGACGAGAAGCAGUUGAGGCUACCCUGGAGCGUAAUCCAAAUGCUUUUAGGCCAAAAAUUGCUAGCAGUCCACAUGGAGCUCGGGAUAACAGGGAAGAGGCUGGUGAAGUUUUAGUUUCAGGAAAGCAUAACAAAGGUUGUCAUUGUAAGAAGUCAGGAUGCCUUAAGAAGUAUUGUGAGUGCUUCCAAGCAAAUAUUCUUUGUUCUGAGAAUUGUAAAUGCAUGGACUGCAAAAAUUAUGAAGGAAGUGAAGAGAGACAGGCUCUUUUUCAUGGAGAUCAUGCAAAUAACAUGGUUUAUAUCCAGCAGGCAGCAAAUGCUGCCAUAACUGGUGCUGUUGGAACAUCUGGUUAUGGGUCUCCCCCGUUGAAUAAGAAAAGGAAAGGUCAAGAAAUCUUCUUCGAAUCAACAGUUAAGGAUCCUGCACACCGGCUUGGACAAGUGCAACAGGCUAAUCAAGUCAAGGCCUCUAUACCUUAUUCCUCUUCAUUAUCAUCAUUUCCUGGUGCUCGAGCUGGUAAUAUGCCAGUCGUGAGCCCUUCAAAGUUUACCUACAGAUAUCUGACCUCGCCAAUCACAUUGAAAGAAAAACACGCAGAGGAUCCCGGGGAAACCCCAUUGGUUUCAGCAACUCAACAUCAGCCUCAAUCCCAAAAGCAUCCUGAAGCCGAGAAAGCUCUGACAGACCCUUCAAAUCAAAGUCAGAGUGAUGUCAAUCCUGAAGAGUCUGGUUCAGAUGGAGCUGAUGCAUCAAAAGGAAGGCCAAUGUCUCCUAGUACAUUAGCUCUAAUGUGUGAUGAAGAAGAUACAAUGUUCACUUCUGCUGCUUCCUCUAGCGAAUUAGUGGUUGAUAAUCAUGUGUCUUCCCAGUUGCGGGAAGAGACAGAGGCGUAUGCUGAGCAAGAAAGAAUUGUUUUAACGAAGUUCCGAGAUUGUCUUAAUAGGCUCAUCACGGUUGUCUCCUUAUCUAGUGCAUUAGGUGUGCCAUAUGUUCCUGUCAACGUGUUAACGGGUGACACAGAAGAAUUAGAGAAAGAAACAAAAUAUUCUGCCUUGGCACGAGCACAAUCAUGUAACGAGAAGGACCUUACCAGCAGCAGCAACAGAAGUUCGGAUAUGAAAUAUGAAACUAAGAAUCAACUGCCUAUAACCAAUGGCGGUUUUGUAAAAUUUGUUGAUGCUCCACAUAAAACUUCUCCAUUGAUUACCUCAACGGAUGGUGCUGCCAAUAAUGUCCAACAUUUGAGAAUAAUGUCAUCAGGAAAUGGGGAUGUAAGAACAGAAUCCAAAGAGUUGUAACUAUGUUAUGUACUGGAUACGGUUCUGCAUCUCUUGUGAUAUUAGGCAAUUGUUGCUACAUAUAAAUGCCAUUCUUAGAAUUGAACUGAUCUCAUGUGUAUCAUUCGUCAUUCAUCGCCAACCAUACGAAGAUAUGAAAUCUAAUUGAGAAAGCAUUUCAUAUUUAAUUUAUAUUACCAAAAAGACAGUUAGACGCUCAGUAGACGAAAGAUAGAUGUUCAGUUGUGUUCUGACCCUGUAGCCUUUAGACUGCAUGUAGGCUUCUCCCCAAGCAUCACAAUCACUAGCGUAAGUACGAAAUAGAAGGGUAAGAAGGGUAACUACAGCUGUGAGAGUUGUGGAGAGAAUUGCUGCUAGUGAUGAUUACAGUUUUGUGUUACCCAAUCUUCUCCUUGUCGAAUAUCAUUG